GCUGCAUUAUGUCCACAGCCACAAAGUGUACGAAGUGUGGACCCGGUUAUGCAACGCCUCUGGAGGCCAUGAAAGGACCCCGGGAAGAGAUUGUCUACCUGCCCUGUAUUUACCGAAAUACGGGCAUUGAGGCCCCGGACUACCUGGCCACUGUGGAUGUUAACCCCAACUCUCCCCAGUAUUGCCAGGUCAUCCACCGGCUGCCCAUGCCCAACCUGAAAGAUGAGCUGCAUCACUCCGGCUGGAACACCUGUAGCAGCUGCUUUGGCGACAGCACCAAGUCGCGCACCAAGCUGGUGCUGCCCAGCCUCAUCUCCUCCCGCAUCUACAUCGUGGAUGUGGGCUCGGAGCCCCGGGCCCCGAAGCUGCACAAGGUCAUCGAGCCCAAGGAUGUUCAUGGCAAGUGUGACCUGGGCUAUCUCCACACUAGCCACUGUCUGGCCAGUGGGGAGGUGAUGAUCAGUGCCCUGGGAGACCCCAAGGGCAAUGCAAAAGGGGGUUUCGUGCUGCUGGAUGGAGAGACGUUUGAGGUGAAGGGGACGUGGGAACGGCGUGGAGGUGCCGCACCAAUGGGCUAUGACUUCUGGUACCAGCCUCGACACAAUGUCAUGAUCAGCACUGAAUGGGCAGGCCCCAAUGUUCUAAGGGACGGCUUCAACCCAGCUGAUGUGCAGGCCGGGCUGUACGGGAAACACUUACACGUGUGGGACUGGCAGCGCCAUGAGAUUAUACAGAGUCUGCCCUUGGAGGACGGACUCAUCCCCCUGGAGAUCCGCUUCCUGCACAAUCCAGACGCCACCCAGGGCUUCGUGGGCUGUGCCCUCAGCUCCAACAUCCAGCGCUUCUACAAGAAUGAGGGAGGCACUUGGUCAGUGGAGAAAGUGAUCCAGGUGGCCCCCAAGAAAGUGAAGGGCUGGAUCCUGCCUGAAAUGCCAGGCCUGAUCACUGACAUCCUGCUGUCCCUGGAUGACCACUUCCUGUACUUCAGCAACUGGCUGCAUGGGGACCUGCGGCAGUAUGACAUCUCUGACCCCAAGAAGCCCCGCCUCACAGGACAGCUGUUCCUGGGGGGCAGCAUUGUUAAGGGAGGCCCGGUGCAGGUGUUGGAAGACCAGGAGCUACAAUGCCAGCCAGAGCCUCUGGUGGUCAAGGGGAAGCGAGUGGCUGGAGGCCCCCAGAUGAUCCAGCUUAGCUUAGAUGGGAAGCGUCUCUACGUCACCACAUCGCUGUACAGUGCCUGGGACAAGCAGUUUUACCCAGAUCUCAUCAGGGAAGGCUCUGUGAUGCUGCAAAUCGAUGUAAACACAGAACAGGGAGGAAUGAAACUGAACCCCAACUUCCUGGUGGACUUUGGGAAGGAACCAAAUGGCCCAGUCUUGGCCCAUGAGCUCCGCUACCCUGGGGGAGACUGCAGCUCUGACAUCUGGAUCUGA